UUCAGCUACAAUUUCCAGUCAGUAGACCAAGUUUUAGAAGCCUGUCAGUCGCCAUUUAAUGCAAUGGCUUCGUCUCGGGUGGUGUCUUCACAUUUGCCGCCAUCUAAGGAUAGAGCCUUUACCGCUGCGUUACUGAGAGUCAGCGAAAAGGCGAUACGUCAUGAUGACGUCAUAUACUGCGGACCGAACGAACCAAUCUACGGUUGGACGGCAACUGUACCUAACCCACGGUACUCGGAGAAACCGAAACCGUCGUUCGGUAAAAAGAAAAAGAUUCUUAAGAAAAUGAAAGCGAACAUAGAUUACUUUAAAAACAGUGAAGCCAUUUUAGAAAUGUCCAAUGCUUCGUCUAAUACUGAUGGACAGUACCAUACAUAUGCCACACUGAGAGAUAUGUACGACACAUACAAGAAAACUCGCCUUCAAAUGUCCGACCAGCGUAAUGACAUAAUUGAUCCAGUGACUUACAAAUAUAUUCCGUGGAGUGAAAGAGAAGAAGACGAAUCUAUUUUCUCUGAUGACAUUAAACUACCAACGCUGAAGAUGAGCCACCCUGCAAAGUCCAGCAAAUUGGUGGAGGUCCUGGAGAAGUAUAUGCAUCGUGGCAACCAUAUACGGUCACCUGAAACUGGGGAGGCGAUAACGACAAGAGAUUCGGACCGAAAAUACAAAUGGGACUUUGAUAAAAAGAAAAGGACGACACGUAAGUCCAAAGGAGGGUUAAAGCAUGCAGAAAAUGACGUCGGCAAAAAUGAACUUUUGAGUAAAAUAGAACCUUCGACAAAAGAAAAACUUGUCAGGUAUGUGAAUGGUGCAGUAAAGAAAAAGAAACACCAAAACACAGAGAAGAGUUAUUACGUCACACUUCAUUCAAAAAAUCGUGACGUCAGAGAAGUCAGGGACGACAGUGACGUCAUUUCAAGAAUGAUCAAAUUCGAGAAGACGAAAGAGGACGAGCGCUGGGUGGCGCGUGUGAUCAUCGGGAAGUCUGAACGUGAGCAUGUGACGUCAUCAGAUACUACGUCAUCAAUUGGAUCAUCCGUAGUGAUCGUUCCAAGUACGAGGUACAACAAACUGGGAGUGGUUGGGAGUGAGAGGGAGAGGAUAAAAAGAAGGAUACAAGCGAGGAGGAAAAAUAGGAAUGAGGAGAAAUAUGAAAAUUGUUCGGACGGCACAAAGCAACAAUAUCGUUUCAAUAGUCAGCAAAGUUCAGCGGAAGUCCCUCCCGUGUUCGCAGUUGUUGAAACAGCGAAAGUAACGAUGAAAUACGACGUCGAAACUGCACGAAAAAAGGGGACAGUCCACGUGGAGGAUGACCUUUCACCCCGACCUGGUAUCACGGAAGUGGCGUCACAAUCGACGAAGAAAAAAUCGAAAGCGAAACCUGAUCACGUGAUUUCGAUUUUGCCGAAACCCAAAACUCAGGGACCUUCUCACCGCGAAACUGCUCUUCAGCUCCCCCCAGUGAUAGGAUCGGGAUCAGCAGCUCUUCCAAAAGUUCCUGAGAUCGAUCCCAGCAUCCUGCAUCGAGGUAGGAAGAAUGAUCUUCUUCCGAGCAUUCAAGAGGCCUCCACUAUGACCAGUAACUUGCCAGAUCUGGAGCGAAAAUCGCCCACACCUUCUGCGUUCAAAGUGUCCGACCCUACGUCAUCAAACAACGGUGAGGUGACGUCAUCAACAUUUAAUAGUGACGAAAUGAUGCGGCAGUUAGUCGAAACAGCGAACUUUAUUUCAACUGAAAAAUCGAGCGACUUUUUGCGGUAUAAGGUUAUACCGAAUCCCGGGACCAGCAAUACGGAGCGGGUGAUUCCCCGUGAUAAAAAGCCCCUUCACCCGCCACACGUGAAAAACCGAAGUCGAAAAAAACUUCAAAAUUUGGUUGACGAGCAACAAACACUCGUUAACUCUGUAAUUCAAAGACUGAAUCAGCAAUUGCAGCCUUCAGAUGGAAUUUUAGAGGAAUCGUCAUUUAAAAACGCUCUUUCAACUGCCAUUGCAAAAGCAAGGUUACUUGGCGAAAAGAGCAGCCAGCAGCCACCUACAAAUCUUACUACCGGAAAUGUGGUAAUGAAGCGUCGAGUUGUGCCUCCAAUCAUAACUACCAAGCCACCGGAAAGUUCGAUUCCAUCCAACGUCCCUGUCGGCCCUGCCCACCUUUUAAACAGUGCUCUACAAGCAGGAAUAGUAAGAGACAUUCCCGCAAAAGUUGCUAAGAAAGAAAAACGAACGAAAUUACGGAAAUUGCCAAAGCGGCAAGCUUCGGCAUCGAUCGAAGAUACGUCAUUGCCUGACGUCAUUUGUAGUGGUGACGUCAUUAUACAGGAUCGACCGACACCGAAACUACUAGAAAGUAGUUUUGCGGCUUCAAUUACAUCAGUCAAACCCACGCGAAGAGUCGCAAACUUCGUGCGCAAUGACGUCAUGCAACUGGUUUAAUCCAGAAAUAUCCAAAAACGUUUUUUUUUCAGAAUAGUGAACCAAUUGCCCACAAUCGCAAAAUACCAAUUUCUAUCUUCGAUUCAUACAAACAAAUUUAUUUAAUAAUGUAACACUGCCUUUAAAUGAAUUAAUUCAAAUGCAUAGAAGAAACAUUUUCGUUUUGUAGAAUUGCAAUUCCAAACUAUUGUAUUUCAGCUAAUUCAAGGAUUUGAAUGCGCACGUGCUAUUAAAAACAUUACUACACCUUA